AUGGAGAAUUGUAAAAAAUUGAAGUCAGUCGAGUAUCCUCCACGUACACUAAGAGAGUUGUCUAUUAAUCCUUUUGAUGUGCAUUAUGUAAAAAAAGUUGUAUUUGAUCCAGAAAUGUGCCCACUCAAGCUAUCCGUAAACUGGUUAAAUUACUUAUCUUCGGUAGAUUGCACACGUGGGUCGUACGAAAUUGAAGGUGUGGUCAAAAUCCAACCAAUGGCUAGUGUUGAGGAAAAAGUAUUACAUCGCUUGGGCUGGACUAAUUUAGACUUCCUUAAUGAAAGACGCGUGAGAACUAAUUCUUCAGAAUCUAAAAUCGAGAUGAUGAUUUACGAAUUUGCAAUAUUCAGCACAUUGUAUGAGGCGGAGGAGAUGCCGAGUUGGUUUAGGCAUAGAAGUGUGGGACCAUCAAUAUCAUUUACCAUCCCAUCAUCAUCAUCAUCAUCUCCAAACAACCUUACAGGACUCAACUUCUGCUCUAUACAAACAUCAGAACCUUCUGCUGAGUGUUUUUAUUUAUCAUAUGGUCAGUUCCCCAUUACGCCAAUGAUGACAAUUAGUAAUAUAACAAAAAACCGUAGGUGGAUAUACGAACGUUACAGGGAUAAAUUUAGUGAAGGUCUAAAGUGUUGGGUGAUGUUAAGUCAUUGGAUGUUUGGGAUGAAUGAAAUGGAGGCUGGUGACCAUAUUACUAUUACUGUUACAGAACCAUAUGGUGAAGUUAUAAAGGAGUGUGGGGUGAGUCUUGUGUAUGAAGAUGGAGAGAAGAAGGAUGAAGAAGAAGAUGUGUUGGGUUAUUACAAGUCAUGGAAUCACAUAAUUGGUGGAGAUCUCUCUCCUUUUCAAACAACAACCGGAGAAUACCUCCUAAACAACACACGUUUUUUUGAGACUGGCAUUGAAUUGUAUCCAUAUCAUCGGAAAUUCAUUACUGAUGGCCCCAACUUUCAAGAACAAAACGAAAAGUAUUGGUUCAGAGCUUUUUCUCAAAGAAAUUCUAGCACGAUUGGUAGCGCACGUGAGGGCAAGGGGGAAUCUUCUAGGUCUCGUCCUUGACAUGAAAAUUCUUGAGAAAGAUGGUUGUCUGAAUUCAAAAUAGAUGCAUUUAAUAAGAUGGG